CAAUAACGACUAAAGAAGAAGAACUUUACACGCUGUUUACAGGGUUUGUUAAAAGAAGCAGCCUAUUGUCUGUCGAGUUUAUCUGUUGAUAAUACCACAGGCUGURUAAUUUUGCUGUUUAGUUAGCGUUCGUUUGUCUAAAUAAAACCCACUAUGUCGGAAAACAGAUCUGGAGACGACUUUACAGACGCGAAGCAGGAAGAUGGAAAAAAAUCUUCACCUGGGUCUUUGCCUAACUCUGGCUCUACAGACGUGGAUGCCAAGGCUUCCCACAGCUUCAGGUACAACCUCAGCUUCCCCAGCAUUGGCCAGUGCAUCAUCAUCAACAACAAGAACUUUGACAAACGCACAGGCAUGAAUACUCGAAACGGCACAGAUACUGAUGCAGGCAGUGUGUUUAAAGAGUUUUCAAAGCUGGGGUACAAAGUGAAGGUUUACCACGAUCUAACAGUCAAGGAGAUGAAGCAGUGUUUAGAUGCUGUGUCUAAGGAAGAUCACAGCAAAUCUGCCUCGUUUGUCUGCGUUCUCUUGAGUCACGGAGAUGAAGGCGUGUUGUUCGGCACCGAUGCCUCUAUCGAGAUCACCCAGCUUACGUCACCUUUCCGAGGCGAUCGCUGUAAAUCACUGGCGGGAAAGCCCAAAUUGUUCUUCAUCCAGGCUUGCAGAGGCACUGAACUGGAUGGAGGUGUGGAAACUGAUGCCUCAGAAGAGACUACUAGGAUCCCUGUUGAGGCAGACUUCCUGUAUGCCUACUCCACAGCCCCAGGUUACUACUCUUGGAGGAAUACGAUAAGCGGCUCCUGGUUUAUCCAGUCACUGUGUGAAAACAUCAGCAAAUAUGGAAAGCACUUGGAGCUGCUGCACAUCAUGACACGAGUGAACCACAAGGUGGCAAUGGAGUUCGAAUCCGUCUCCUAUUCAUCAGGCUUUAAUGCAAAAAAGCAGAUUCCGUGCAUUGUUUCUAUGUUGACCAAGGAGAUGUAUUUUUUCCCUUGACGUCAUCUGAGCUCGACUAAGACGAGGCUUGGGUGGUAGGUUGCCCUUUACUUUAAACCUUACAUUUCUUGGGAGCAACUGAGAUGCAAUAUUUAUAGUUUAUGUACAUUGGCAUUUCUUUAUACGUCUCAGGCCUGGUCUCUUUUUUUUUCUACAAAGAGUUGAAUUCAUCUUUUGUAUCACAGCAGCACAACCCUUUACACACAUAACCUUAAAGAGGUUAUUUUAAAGCUUUUUCAGCACAAAAUCCUCUAAACGUACAGGUUGUGUGUAUUUGUGAUGAGUUUUGUGAAAACAAGUUAGACUAUAUUUGCUGUUUACACAAUGCACAUUUCAAGGAAAUAAUCUUGAAGCCACUUAGUACGAAAUGCGUCGUUUUUAGUUAGUUGUAUUAUCAGGAAACCAUUUUUUAGGCUUAACAUUCUUUAAAUGAUUGUGAAAUUGUAGACUGAGUGAACAAGACUACAGUUCAUUUUGAAAGAAUCAUGCAUGUUUUUGUUAUCGCUACACUUUUGUUUCAGUGUAUUCACUCUUGACUUGAAGGUUGCGCAACCAAAAUAUACUUUAGUGAUUGUAGUGUGGAGUGUGAAUAAUGAGAACAUGUAAACUUAGUUAAUAAAUAGCAUGUAGUGAAGUCAGGGACAGCUGUGUUGUUAUAUGUGGGGUUAUACAAUUCAAACACUAGUUUGUUUUGUACUUUUUUUUAUAAUUGUGUCCUGUGAAUAUCCUCCGAUGAUUAGGAACUCAAACUUAGUUGCAGGAGUAUUUUCUGACUGUUCAUGUGAGAGUUGUUUAUAUUCAACUAAACUUUACAUUUAAUUAAUUAUUUUGGAGUGAUUAAAUAGACAGGUUAAAUUCACAAUUGCUUUUUAUUAACCCACAAGACACAAUAAGUGCUCUCAUUUGCUGUUUUUCUCCUUUUUAAUAGUGAACUCAAAACAUGGCUAAAAUAUUGUGGGUGUACUUUAAAACACUCGGACAUCUAAUGAGGUUUUUAUUUUAUUUUUUUCUGUGAAGAAAAUAGUUUGGACGCAGACUUUUGGGAUGGAAUAUCUGCAUCUUGCCUUAAAAGCUAAAAAAAAGAAAAAAGAAUCACAAUCUAGAAAAACUGAAGACCCCAGCUGAUAUUAGUAUUUAGGUGCAGUUUUUGUAACAUUUUUGGAGUAAACUUUUCUGUACUCUUUACUUCUGUCGGAAGAAGCACUAGUGUGAUAUCUCUAAUCAUGGUCAUUUGUAUAAAAGCAGUUUAUUUGCAACAAGCUAUCUUAUAAAAUCUGCAAUCAAUCAUUAUUGAAGCUGAACAACCCAGAGUUUAACUCUCCUGCCUCCAGGACUGCAGGUUUUUAGCGAGCAUCUGUUUGCUGUGAGCACAGUUUGUGAGCUUUUUUUAUUUAUUUCUUAUUUUGUAUAAAUAUUACAA